GGCCAAUGGGCGGCGGCGCGCGGCGGCAGGCAGCCAAUAGGCGCGGGGUGUGGGCGUGCCCGGGCGAGGUUAGGGUGUCCUUGCAGGGUGCUGGGCUAAACUUCACCAAAUAAUAGCUGUUUGUGUUUGGCGGCCGCGGAGCCAUUUUAGAAAUAACAUUCAUCCCAGAUUUGAUGAUAAUGAAAAUACAGAAAAAAGAAAAGCAGCCGCCGAGCUUGAAGGCGUUGAGCUGCUCCCCAAUGUCGUCUGCCUGGGAGUGCAAGGCCCAGGACUCCUUUGCCAGCAGCGAGGAGCAGGGGCAGGUGCCCCAGCAGGCGAUGGUGACAGACACAGACAUGGGUGGCCAGUGCCAGUGCCCAGAGGAGGAGCCCAGUGGGGCUCCCCAGAAGCGGCUGAGCACCCAGAACGGGAUGCAGGACAGUGGGGGUGGGGGCACAGGGGUGAAGAAGAAACGGAAGAAAAAGGACCUGGGAGAGCAGGAAGGGGGAGAAAAAGCAGCUGCAGAGGUCAAGCCAAAGAGGAGAAGAGAGCCUAAAGAACCAAAAGAGCCUAAAAAGGCAAAGGAGCCCAAGAAGCCGAAGGAGCCCAAGCAAAGAGAGGUGCCCAAGAAGCCCCGGAAACCUCGGGAACCCAAAACCCCCAAGGAGCCUAAGGAAAAGAAGAGUGGUUCUGAGACUACCCCCAGAGCAAGACCCAAGAAGAGCAGCAAGGACACCCCCGUGGAGAAGAAGAAGAAAGGGAAGAGGAAAAAUGAGAUCCCAGUGGACAGUCUGGAUCUGGAUCAAGAUCUCCUGAGCCCAUCUGCGCAGAGCCCAGAGGAGUCUGGGGAGUCAGCUGACAGCCAGAAGCGCCGCUCCGGCCGGCAGGUGAAAAGGAGGAAGUACAACGAGGACCUGGAUUUCAAGGUGGUGGACGACGAUGGGGAGACCAUCGCCGUGCUGGGCGCCGGCCGCACCUCCGCGCUCUCUGCCUCCACCCUGGCCUGGCAGGCAGAGGAGCCUCCUGAGGAUGAUGCCAAUAUCAUUGAGAAGAUCCUUGCCUCCAGGAUGGUGCAGAAGGAGGCUCAUCCCGGAGGCCUGGCGUUCGAGAUGGAGGAGUUCUACGUCAAGUACAGGAACUUCUCCUACUUGCACUGCAAGUGGGCAACUCUGGAGGAGCUGGAGAAGGACCCCAGGAUCUCCCAGAAGAUAAAGCGCUUCCGGAACAAGCAGGCCCAGAUGAGGCACAUUUUCACUGAGCCUGAUGAGGAUUUGUUCAACCCAGACUACGUGGAGGUUGAUCGGAUUCUGGAGGUGGCCCACACAAAGGACCCUGACACUGGGGAGGAGGUGACUCAUUACCUGGUGAAGUGGUGCUCACUGCCCUAUGAGGAGAGCACCUGGGAGUUGGAGGAGGAUGUUGACCCAGGGAAGAUUAAAGAGUUUGAAGCCCUCCAGAUCCCUCCAGAGAUCAAGCACACGGUAACGUACCCGGAGGAGCGCCCCGCGUCCGAGUGCUGGCAGAAGCUGGAGAAGUCCCGGGAGUACAAGAACAGCAACCAGCUGCGGGAGUACCAGCUGGAGGGCAUGAACUGGCUGCUCUUUAACUGGUACAACAGGAAGAACUGCAUCCUGGCAGACGAGAUGGGGCUGGGGAAGACAAUCCAGUCAAUCACCUUCCUCUCAGAAAUCUUUCUGAUGGGCAUCCAUGGUCCCUUCCUCAUCAUUGCACCUCUCUCCACCAUCACUAACUGGGAGCGGGAGUUCCGCACCUGGACGGAGAUGAAUGCCAUCGUGUACCACGGCAGCCAGAUCAGCCGCCAGAUGAUCCAGCAGUACGAGAUGGUCUACAGGGACCCGCAGGGUAACCCUCUCCCUGGGAUCUUCAAGUUCCAGGUGGUUAUCACCACCUUUGAGAUGAUCCUUGCUGACUGCCCGGAGCUGAAGAAGAUCCAGUGGCGGUGCGUGGUCAUCGACGAGGCACAUCGCCUGAAGAACAGGAACUGCAAGCUGCUGGAGGGGCUGAAGCUCAUGGCCCUGGAGCACAAGGUGCUGCUGACUGGAACCCCCCUGCAGAAUUCAGUGGAGGAGCUCUUCAGCCUUCUGAAUUUUCUGGAGCCACAGCAGUUCCCCUCAGAGACAGCUUUCCUGGAGGAGUUUGGAGACCUGAAGACAGAGGAGCAGGUGAAGAAGCUGCAGUCCAUCCUGAAGCCCAUGAUGCUGCGGCGGCUGAAGGAUGAUGUGGAGAAGAACCUGGCACCCAAGCAGGAGACUAUCAUUGAGGUGGAGCUGACCAAUAUUCAGAAGAAAUACUACCGAGCCAUCCUGGAGAAGAACUUCUCCUUCCUCUCCAAGGGUGCCAACCAGCACAAUAUGCCCAACCUCAUCAACACCAUGAUGGAACUGCGGAAGUGCUGCAAUCACCCCUACCUCAUCAAUGGGGCGGAGGAGAAGAUCCUGGAGGACUUCCGUAAGACGCACAGCCCCGAGGCGCCGGACUUCCAGCUGCAGGCCAUGAUCCAGGCGGCCGGGAAGCUGGUGCUGAUCGACAAGCUGCUGCCCAAGCUGAUCGCUGGUGGGCACAAGGUGCUGAUCUUCUCGCAGAUGGUGCGCUGCCUCGACAUCCUGGAGGACUAUCUCAUUCAGAGACGGUACACCUAUGAGCGCAUUGACGGGCGGGUGCGCGGCAACCUGCGGCAGGCUGCCAUCGACCGCUUCUGCAAGCCUGACUCGGACCGCUUCGUCUUCCUGCUGUGCACGCGGGCAGGCGGGCUGGGCAUCAACCUGACCGCCGCCGACACCUGCAUCAUCUUCGACUCCGACUGGAACCCGCAGAACGACCUCCAGGCACAGGCUCGCUGCCACCGCAUCGGGCAGAGCAAGGCGGUGAAGGUCUAUCGGCUCAUCACCAGGAACUCCUACGAGCGUGAGAUGUUCGACAAGGCCAGCCUGAAGCUGGGCCUGGAUAAGGCUGUGCUGCAGGACAUCAACCGCAAGGGCAGCACCAACGGGGUUCAGCAGCUCUCAAAGAUGGAGGUGGAGGACCUGCUGCGGAAGGGUGCCUAUGGUGCUCUCAUGGAUGAGGAGGAUGAAGGAUCCAAGUUCUGCGAGGAAGACAUCGACCAGAUCCUCCAGCGCAGGACACAGACCAUCACCAUUCAGUCUGAGGGGAAGGGCUCCACCUUUGCCAAGGCCAGCUUCGUAGCAUCAGGAAACAGAACUGACAUUUCCUUAGAUGACCCCAACUUCUGGCAGAAGUGGGCCAAGAUAGCAGAGCUUGACACAGAUGCCAAGAACGAGAAGGAGAGCCUGGUGAUCGACAGGCCCCGCGUGCGGAAGCAGACCAAGCACUACAACUCCUUCGAGGAGGACGAGCUGAUGGAGUUCUCGGAGCUGGACAGCGACUCGGACGAGCGGCCCACACGCUCACGCCGCUUCAACGAGAAGACGAGGCGCUACCUGCGCGCGGAGUGCUUCCGCGUGGAGAAGAACCUGCUCAUCUUCGGCUGGGGACGCUGGAAAGACAUCCUGACCCAUGGGCGCUUCAAGUGGCACCUGAAUGAGAAGGACAUGGAGAUGAUCUGCCGAGCCUUGCUGGUCUAUUGUGUCAAACACUACAAGGGGGAUGAGAAGAUCAAGAGUUUCAUCUGGGAUCUCAUCACGCCCACAAAGGACGGGCAGAACCAGGCGCUGCAGAAUCACUCAGGCUUGUCAGCACCCGUGCCCAGAGGCAGGAAGGGGAAGAAGACAAAGAGCCAGAUGCUGCUGCCUGAGAUCAAGAAUGCAGACUGGUUGGCCACCUGCAACCCCGAGGUUGUCCUGCACGAUGACAGCUACAAGAAGCACCUCAAACAGCACUGCAACAAGGUUCUGCUGCGGGUGCGGAUGCUCUACUACCUGAAGGCUGAAGUGCUGGGGGAGGCUGCUGACAAAGCUUUUGAGGGCACCCCUGCCAGGGAGCUGGAUGUGCUGCUGCCCGACAUCGACUACGUGGAGAUCCCAGUGGACUGGUGGAAUGCUGAGGCUGAUAAAUCCCUGCUCAUCGGUGUCUUCAAGCACGGUUACGAGAGGUACAAUGCCAUGCGUGCGGAUCCGGCGCUGUGCUUUCUGGAGAAGGUGGGCAUGCCCGACGAGAAGCUGCUCUCUGCCGAGCAGGGCACCAGCGACGGUGCCCAGGACACUGCUGAAAGGGGCAGCAUGGAGAAGGAAGAGAGCACUGGAGAAAAGCUGGAGGGGCUGCCAAAACAGGAGGACGUUGUGGCUGCUGGGGUGGGCGAUGGCAGCGAGAAGCAGGAGGAGGCACCGGCAGCCCAGGAUGGCUCCGACUCAGACAGAUCCUGCUGGCCUGUCUCAUCUGCUCUCACAGCCAGGCUGCGGAGGCUCGUCACUGUCUACCAGCGCUGCAACCGCAAAGAGCUGCCUCCACGAGCUGAGCUGCUGGUACCUGGUAACCAUGGCUACUGGCUGCAGGACGAGAUGUUCAGGAGAGCCUCGGAGCUGGACUCGGUGAACAAAGAAAUGCAGAAAAGGUGGACCAGGAGGGAGCAGGCAGACUUUUACCGCACUGUCUCCUCCUUUGGAGUUAUCUAUGACCAGGAGAAAAAGGUCUUUGACUGGGCCCAGUUCCGAGCCAUCUCUCGAUUGGAGAAGAAGACAGACGAGAGCCUGGAGAAGUACUUCUACAGCUUCGUAGCCAUGUGCAAGAAUGUCUGUGGUCUCCCGCUGUGGAAAGAGGAUGGUGCCCCAGACCCUGACAUCUACGUGGAGCCCAUCACGGAGGAGCGCGCGGCCAGGACGCUGUACCGCAUCGAGCUGCUGCGCAAGGUGCGUGAGCAGGUCCUGCGCUGCCCGCAGCUGCACGAGCGCCUGCGGCUCUGCCGGCCCAGCCUCUACCUGCCUGUGUGGUGGGAGUGUGGCAAGCACGACCGCGACCUGCUGAUCGGCACCGCCAAGCACGGCCUCAACCGCACCGACUACUACAUCAUGAACGACCCUCAGCUGUCCUUUCUAGAUGCCUACAGGAACUAUGCCCAGCACAAGCGAGCAGGGCUGCCCGGCCCAGAGACCCUGUGCUGCCUCUACCAGACUAACUCCAAGCUCUACAGUUCUCCUCUCUACAGCCAGGUGGGCCGCACUUGCCAGGCCAUGGAGAGUGAAGCCGAGAGUCAGAUGAAGCUGGAAGCUGCAGACAUCCCUGUGUCCCGGGCUGGGGGCAGUCCCUCAGAGGCAAGCUGUGAAACGUUCAUGUCUAAGGUCCGGGACAUCAUCUCCAGUAACUACGACGAGAGCUCCCUGCCAGACUCCCUGGUCUGCAUGAUGUGUGAGGAGAAGGCUUGCAACAGUGAGCAGAGCUCCCUGGCCCGGGACAGCCCCAGCUGCACAGAGCUCGCAGGCAGCGCCAAGCUCUCUGAGGGCAAGCUAGAGGGGGAUGAGGACCCCUCCAGCUGCGAUGCAGAUACCAUGAGAGACACUCCCUUCCUAGAGGCUUUGCAGGGGGGCUGUGACAGGAUGGAUGGUCAAGAUGAGGAAGUUGAGCCUUCACCUUCUACCCCUGAGAGCAACCCUUCACGGAGCAUUCCAGCAGAGCUCCAGGAAGCUUUGCAGCAGAAGGGAGACCUGAGCAGUCCUACACCAGUGCUGCCUGAGCACGGUGCCAUAGAAGGGGUCAUAAGCAUGGGGCUCUACAGUCCCAGUCUUCAUAACUAUGAAAUAAAGGUUCCUCCUGAGCAGAGGUUCAUCAGUCUGCUGCAGGAGAAAGGACUGGAGGCAAAGUCAGCACCAAGUCAGAGCCACAGUGAGGAAGAUGAGGAGGAAGAAGAGGAGGAUGAUAACUCUGAGGCAGCAGCAGAUGUCACAGACUUUAGCAGUUCCAGGACCAAGUCUGGCUGUGAGCUUGAAGCUAAUGAAGUGGGGGACGAGGAACAGAGCUGUGACCUCCCCAUGCCCAAGGACACUUGCCCAGAAGGGAAUGGCGAGAGAGCGUCCCUGGGCCUGGGGACACCUGAAGGGCUGAGGGACCCUGGGCCAGAGGGCAGGGAGGACCAUGGCCUGCGUCAGGAGAGUACCCUGCAUCCCUUGCUGGGCCAGGCUCAGAGCCAGGCUUUCAGCCUGCCUGCACCUCUGCUGAGGCCUCCAGGAGCAGAGCCCUUCCAUGCCAGGGAGGAGACCUGGGGCCAACAGGCUGAGGGGCAGGCAGGCUGCAGAGAGGUCCUGCACCCCAAGCCCCAGGGAAUGAAACAAGAAGAGUGUGAGAGCAGAGAUGAGGAGGAGAAAGCCAGCAGCCGGCAGAGUCCAGAUGGUCCAGAGAAGUAUUUGGAGGAAGAGAGCAAAUGUUCAGCUUCUGCCCUGCCUGGGGAGGUUGAUGACCUUCAGGAUGCCCGUGCGCCGACCAUAGCCCAGCUGCUGCAAGAGAAGACACUUUACUCCUUCUCCGAGUGGCCCAAGGACCGUGUGAUCAUCAACCGCGUUGACAACAUCUGCCACGCCAUCCUGAAGGGCAAGUGGCCUUCCUCCAGCCAGCAGCUGGAGACGCAGGGCCUGCUGGCAGCCCCGGCGCUGCCCAGCAGUGCUGGCAGCAGGAGCAGCUUUGCCGAGUCAGAGGGCACUGAUCCUGGCUUCAACAAUGGAAUGUUGAUCUCACAGGAAGGGUUCCUGAGCUCUGCCUUUGCAAAGGAGGAGAGGAAGCACAGGAGACCCUAUGAAUUGGAGAUGGAGAGAGAUGCCAAGAAGAGGAGCCUGGAGCAGCUGGCAGCAGCCCAUGUUCACCCACCCAUCGUGCUGAAUGGCUGGCGGGACGCAGCUGUGGACUUGUCCAGAGCCCCUGAGGGGUCGCCAGGGAGCUCCUCUCCUUUCCCUCUGAACACAAACAUUCCCAAACUGGGGACCGUGAACACCCUCCAGGGCUCCCUGGGCAUGGACUUGUCUGGCAUCCUUCAGGCAGGGUUAAUCCAUCCUGUCACGGGGCAGAUUGUCAAUGGCAGCCUCCGAAGAGAUGAUGCUGCCAUGAGGAGGAGACGGGGCAGGAGAAAAAAUGUAGAAGGGAUGGACCUCAUCUUCUUGAAGGAGAGGCCUCUUCCGACCAGGCUGCAGGAUGUUCAGGAUGACCAGCCACAGCCCCCCCAGACCAGUCCCCUCCCCGAUGGACCGGUUGCUGCUACCUCAACUCCACAGCCAGCCCCAGCUGUGGGCAGCCCAGCAGAGAAGGCUGUCCCCAACAAGAGUCUCCUCGACUGGCUCCGUCAGCAGUCGGACUACACUCUCGACAUCCCUGGCUUUGGCACAAAUUUUUCAGACAAGCCCAAGCAGAGGAGGCAGCGCUGCAAGGACCCCAGCAAAUUGGACAUUAACUCACUCACGGGAGAGGAGCGGGUGCCUGUGGUACAUAAGGGUACUGGACGGCGGUUAGGGGGAGCCACAGCACCAGCAUUGAAGGAAUUGCCAAGGUGGCUUGAUGCAAACUUGGAGUAUGCUGUUGCAGCUGACUGGGCUGACAUUGUUAAGCUUUCAGGCUACUUACCGGAGAGCAAAUUCAACCGCAUCCUGACCGAGCCAAUGCUGCGAGACGCGGGGCCUCGCCGCAGGGGGAGGCGGCCCCGGAGCGAGCUCAUCAAAGGCCCUGGCGUUGUAGCAGAUGCUUCCUCUGGAAUGGGACCACUCUUCAUGAACGGACUGAUUGCUGGGAUGGAUCUGGUAGGACUUCAGAACAUGAGAAACAUGCAAGGGAUCCCCCUGACCGGGCUGGUUGGGUUUCCCGCUGGGUUUGCAGCGGUGCCCGCUGGCGAGGACGUGAAAAGCACCCUGAGUAUGUUGCCCAUGAUGCUGCCGGGCAUGGCCACCGUACCGCAGAUGUUUGGCGUCGGAGGACUUCUCAACUCCCCCAUGGCAACGACUUGUACUGCGACUGCUCCGACCUCGUUAACAAGCACAACGAAAGGUGGCACGGCCAGCCCAGAGAAAGCUUCUGAGGAUAAAGCGAGUGCCCAGGAUGUGAAAGCAGAAACUGUCCCGGAGGAGAAGCCCGGCCCCAGCUCGUUUUCUAAUCAGACAGAAUCCGCAAUAACUACCAGUAGUCCUGUAGCUUUUAACCCGUUUCUUAUCCCAGGGAUGUCUCCUGGACUGAUCUAUCCCUCAAUGUUUCUUUCCCCUGGCAUUGGCAUGGCGCUGCCCGGCAUACAGCAAACCAGGCACUCGGAGGCAGCCAACAUGGAAAGCCAGAAGCGGAAGAGGAAGAAAGCAAAAGGGGAGUCGGCAAACCCGGAUCCAGAAACUGUGGUGCUGCCGGAGAAGGAAGCUGCCAGCAGCCAGAACUGUGUGGAGCCAGUGCCACCCGCGCCAGCAGAGAGGGAGCAGGAUGGGCCCGCGGCCGAGGGGCGCCAGGCGGCUUGCGGCACUGAUUAGGGCUUUGGUUUCCUUGCAAACAAACACACAAAGAUUGUGGCUUGUGAGUUUCUUACCCCAUAAACUCUUUGUUACUUCUCUCGCCCCACUCCGCCUCCAUCAACCUGUGUUUCCAUCAGUAAUACUCCCCAGCCGACCCCUGUCAGGACAAACUCUGGUGACAUUGUCCAUGUUGGUAGCUGCAGGGUCUUGCCACUUUCUUAGAUACAAACGGUGUUGUCUAGCUAGCGUGGGAGGCACCCAGCCCACCUUCUCUUGGCCGCUCCUUCAUCCCAGCCAACGAUAGCAAAUCCAGCACUCGGCCACUCCCCCCCCACCGAUUCUUUCAUUCCUUUGAGAAGGAAAAAGCAGCAAAACAAAAAAGAGCAAAAGAAAAGUCUUUGCCUCUUGGUCCACACACAGACGAGGGUCUUUGUGUGCAGCAACACUGAAGGAGAACGCCUGUCUCUGGGGUUAAAAGCACAGCUAUAGUAAGUGCUGACGUGUAGUUUUGAUUUCAAGUAUGUCCCUAUUUUAUCAUGGUUACUAGAGUAGUAGCGUAGGCAGAAGUAUAUAACUGAUGAUUGAAAGAUGCAUAUAUUCAUUUCUUGGGAAGGACGCAGCAGAACUGGUAGUGCUAGGAGGUGUCACCCCCACCUCAGAGGUUUGGAGGCAAGCUGCCGCGAGUGCAAACACCACACAGACAUCCUUCUGUAUCUCCUGGAACCAAAGCUUGGGUUUACGUCACGUGGGGUUUAGUUGCUGGUUCCUCGCUCCUUACAAGAGCUUCUCAGCUUGAGCUGGAGAGGGCUUGCACGUCCUGCAUGACUUUUUGGGGGUUACUGCACCUGGAGCUACCAGUUUCUUGCUGUUCCACUAGUCUUUGGUUCGCUCUCAUCCAUGGCGUUAAGAGUGCUGCCAAGGCAUGUUUGCAGCUCAGGCCAGGCCACACUUGGAUGCUUCUGCAUCAACACUGAGACUCUUUUGAGUUCUUGUAUUCCCCACUCCCAGCCCCCAAAGCAAAGAGUCCUCCCAGCAAAGCAGGAGAGGCUGUAAACCUGCUAUCCUGUUUGAGGAGUCCUCUCAGAAGGCCCCUGAGAGUUUCAGAGCUGGAGUUUGCUCUUUGCUAGUGUUAGGCUGUGAAGAGAUGACCUUGGCUCCUUCUUUCCAUUCCAUUCACUGUUGAGCAGUAUUUCCCAGCCCCCCCUCUGGCAAUGCCUUUGACAUGGACAGGCGUAAGGCCACCGGCCCCCACAGCGCUGGGCACUGAGGCUCCUCUGCAGGCGACUCCUCCUUCCCCUCACUCCUUUAGUUCUCUUUGUCACCUGGGCUUGUUCUUCUUUGCAGCUCAUGGUCUGAGACUUGAAAUAAACCCUGGGUGAAGCAGCAGCGAGGCAGGGGGCAGGAAGCUGGCGAGGCAGUCGGCAGUCAUGGGUCUCACACUCGGUCGUCAGGAUUUACUGUAUUUUAUACUGAUUUUCUGUUACAGGUUUUUGCUAAUUUAUCAGAUGGUCCAAAUGUUCUGGCAUAACUCCUUGGGUUGGCAUUAUUUAUUUGUGAUGCUUUCUUUGGUCAUUGUAUUUUAUACAUUUGGGAUUCUAAAUUAUGUACCUGUCCGAAUUAGCAUCUCAAAGAAGUCUGUUCCCCCUGCUCUGAGAAGCCUUCGGUUUUCUGUCCUCACAGAAUCGAUUCCCACUUCACCACAUUGGAUGACGAAGACUUUUUUAAUGUAACCAAUCAUAAUGCACACCCCCCCCCCAUAAUUAAAUGUGUUCUAUUUAAUGAGCUCCUCGUAGCGUAGAUACCCACAGAUUUCUUAGAAAUGCUGCUAUCUGUCUCUAUUUAACUAACAUUUUGUUCAGUUUUUGCCUCCAGUGGAAGCAGAAAAGGUUUUUUCAGCUGUUAAAUCCAAGAUCAAUAUAAUUUAUUUAUGUAAAAAAAGAGAAAAAAUAAUCACAAUUGAUAUAUUUUUGAACCUUUUAAGUACUAACUUUCUUUUUAUUCAGUAGAAGAACAUGUACUUGCCCUCAAUCCUUCAAAUACAAAUGCUAUAAAACUCCAUCUAUCUUCAAAGCCUUACUGUGAACGGAAGCAGACAUCUCUCCAGAGUCCAUUUCUUGGCACGGGGUGGGGUUUUUCCCAGGGUUACACGCGGAAGGAACAGGGUUUAAAGUGGGAUUUAUUUACUUAGCCAGCAUGCUCUAUACCUUGUUCUUCCUUAUCAGACAUGUAUGCUACGUCUCUGGGUGUUUAGGCUUCUCUUUGACUGCUACUUUGUGACCCUUUUGCAACCCGAUAUACUCUGUGGAUUAUUUAAUCUGUAAGGCGUUAAGUGGCUUCUUCUUUUCCAUCCUAUAACAACCAAAUGCCAAAUCUUCACCACUUUCCAUGGCUACUCACACACGAACAUAACAUCCUUCACCAAAUGUGCUAACAAAAUAAACUGUCUGUGCUCUUGAACAUGGAUAAAAAGAAAAAGAUUUAAAAGUCAGAUUUUUAUUUUUUUAAUUUAGUGCCUAGAUGAUGCUUAUCUUUCAGGCUUGGCAGAGCCUUGCUACAGAUGUAUAUAAGUUUUUUUCAGCAAAUAUAUGUGAAUGUUUAAUUCA